AUUGGUUUCAGUGGUUCUUUGAGUUUACUUCUGUUUCCAAUUUGGAGUCUCUUUGUCUAUUAGCUUCUUCUUUUGGCAACAUUUCUUUUUUCAUUUGUUUACGUCUAACUUUUUGUUCUACGAGGCAGCAGCCGUUUGAAUUGCCACGGCGUAGUCGAGAUCUGUAACAGUUUUACAUCGUCAUCAUCCUUAUCAUCUCAUUCUUACUUUACCAGUUUCCUUUGCAGCUGGGAACUUUGUUGCAGCAAGAGUUCAACUAAAAGUUUGAGUUACGAGACUCUGAGUAGGAGGAUAUCGGUGAUGGACCACUUCAUUUGGGAGACUUACGCAAGGGUCUUCUUCGGGAUGAUCGUCAUUUUUUCAGCACCCGUUUCUGAUGGAUACACUAUUCCGAGUGACGUUUCUGCAAUAAAUAGCUUAUAUACUGCACUUGGCAGUCCUCCUCUUCCUGGGUGGAUUGCUAAUGGAGGCGAUCCGUGCCUUGAGGCUUGGCAAGGUGUUCAAUGCGCUGAUUCUAACAUAACGGCAAUAAUCCUUAAUGGUGCAAAUUUGGGAGGGGAACUGGGUGAGAAUUUAGGAUCUUUUGUUUCUAUUGCAUCCAUAGAUCUCAGCAAUAACCAUAUCGGUGGUAGUAUUCCAUCCAAUUUGCCACUUACCAUGAAGAACUUUUUUCUUUCAGAUAAUCAGUUCACAGGGAGCAUCCCAAGUAGCUUAGCCUCUCUGACUCAGUUGACAGACAUGUCACUUAACAAUAAUCACUUAACUGGAGAAAUACCAGAUGCAUUUCAGUCUCUCACUGGGUUGAUAAAUAUGGAUCUGUCAAGUAACAAUUUGAGUGGGCAGCUACCUCCCUCAAUGGAAAACUUGUCGUCUUUAACAACCUUGCACUUGCAAGACAAUCAGUUGUCUGGGACCCUUGAUGUUUUACAGGAUCUUCCUUUGAGAGAUCUGAAUAUAGAGAAUAAUCUGUUCUCUGGACCUAUACCUGAUAAGCUGCUGGGUAUUCCAAAUUUCAAGAAGGAUGGGAACCCUUUCAACACUACUGUUGCUCCAUCACAUCAACCUGCAUCCCGACCACCCCAUGUUUCUAGAGCACCGCCUUCUGAAGAAGCACGUGGGAAGCAGGCAAAGGGACCUACUUCUGCACCUCAAGGGCCUGAUUCUACAAAAACAAAAAAGUUUUUGACAACUAAAAGAGUUAUUUGGAUUUCAAUUACUGGGGUUUUGAUAUUUAUUAUCAUCGUCUUGGCACUUGCCCUUCUUGCAUCAAAAUGUUGCAAAGAAAGGGAAGAGGCUGAUAUAUUUUCCAAAAGACAUGAAAUAAUCAGUACAUAUAAAGAGACGAAAGAGAAAGAAACACAGUCAAUGGACUGGCCAAACAAUCAGAUGGAGAAAGCAGUUCUAAGGCCAAGGGACGAACAUGGGAUAGACAUUGGAAGGCUAGGAGCAGUCCCAAAAGCAAAGGAUAAUAGUAAGUCAGAUAUUAAAAGAAUGGGUGAGCUUUCAAAUCUAAAGGAGGAUCAUGAGAUUGACGUGUCUGGGAUAGAUAUGGUUUUAAUGCCUCCACCUCCCCCUCCUGCUGAGAAGGUGAUUGUGAACACGAUUUUGCCCACUGCAACAACACUUAGGCCUCCCCUCAAAAGCAUGAAUCCUAUUGCUUCUGUUAGCUCUUUCACAAUUGCAUCCCUUCAGCAAUAUACAAACAGCUUUUCUCAAGAAAAUCUCAUUGGAGGAGGUAUGCUUGGCAAUGCUUACCGGGCAGAGCUUCCUGAUGGGAAGCUCCUGGCAGUAAAGAAACUGGAUAAUGCGGCUUCUAGGCGGCAGACGGAUGAGGAAUUUCUUGAGUUGGUUUCAAGCAUUUCUAAGCUUAAACAUGCUAAUGUUAUCAAGCUUGAGGGUUAUUGUGCUGAACAUGGGCAAAAGCUACUCAUCUAUGAAUAUUGCAGCAAUGGGACACUCCAUGAUGCCCUGCACUCUGAUGACGAGAUCAACAGAAAACUUUCAUGGAAUGCCCGCAUUCAGAUGGCACUUGGAGCUGCAAGGGCUCUAGAGUAUUUGCAUGAGGUCUGCCAACCACCCAUUGUACAUCGGAAUUUCAAGUCUGCUAACAUUCUUCUUGAUGAUGAACUUGUAGUACGUGUCUCUGAUUGUGGUUUGUCUCCUUUGAUAUCAUCUGGUGCCGUUAGUCAGUUGUCAGGACAACUUCUAUCAGCUUAUGGGUAUGGUGCUCCAGAAUUUGAGUCUGGAACUUAUACUUACCAAAGUGAUGUUUACAGUUUUGGAGUUGUAAUGUUAGAACUUCUUACAGGGCGAAAGUCCUAUGACAGAUCAAGGCCUAGAGGAGAGCAACAUUUGGCAAGAUGGGCAAUUACUCAACUUCAUGAUAUUGAUGCACUGUCAAGGAUGGUAGAUCCUUCUCUGAAUGGAGUUUACCCUGCUAAAUCUUUAUCACGUUUUGCAGACAUUAUUUCCCUUUGUAUCCAGCCCGAGCCAGAGUUCAGGCCACCAAUGUCUGAAAUUGUCCAAAACCUCUUGCACAUGAUACAGAGGGAACCCCCCAAGAAGUCUAAUGGGGAGUAGUUUUAAAUUAGAUGAUGAGCGCGGUGUCAGAUUGAGAAUGCUGUGUACUGGUAUUAUCUAUCACAUGCAGUCGAAGCAAAGAGACCUUUCAAGUGUUAACAGCUGCUAACCUUCUGCAUUUGUUGACGUAUUAACAAUUCAUACACUCAAGGGUUUAUUAUGGCCGAUGGACUGAAGGUUUCCUGCUACAAAACCGCGGUACGAGGUCAAAGUUAUCCUGCUCAUCACUAUUGGACCCAUUUCAAAGUUGUAAGCGGCCUAGGGAGAGGGAUCGUGGGAAUUCACAUUUGCUGCCACAGCACAUCCCAACCGUGCACUGGUAACAUCUCUCCAUGACGAGUACAGGAGAUGAUCUCAUGCACACUGAGAUGUGUUGUGGGGUGUGCACAGUGGGGAGCCAAUCUGAACUCGAAAGGUCGAUGUUGAAGUGGAGUUUUUGCUUGCAAAUGGAACAAAUAAACGGAGUAAAGGUCAAAUCGGUCAAAAACAAAAGAAAAUCAAGUAUAAUUUCGAGCAGAGGGUGAUUCGAAUUUAAUCCAAAUUCUGAUCGAUUUUAUUAUCUCAUUCGAUUCAAAUGUCCGAAAUGGAGAUAUUUGAAUCCGACAAAAUAGAUAUUCGGGCUGCGUUUGUAAAUAGUAUUUUUUUCUAUCUUUUCAUUAAUGGUCCUUAA